GCUACCUCAGCCUCAGCUCGUCCAUUCUUCUACUCUUCACACCAUCACAUGUAGUGCGUGUACUCCUCCUCUAGCUAGCUAGCUAGCUUCCUCUCUUGUUUCAUUGCUAGCUUGAUAUCUCUCGAUUCGUAGAGACUUUGGUUUGGUUUGGUUGGUUGGUUGAUAGCUCGACGUGGGCGGCGGCCAUGGCGUCUCACGCGCCGAGGGUGGUGAGCUCGUCGCCUGCGGCCGCUGUCACGGGCGGCUGCGUGGACACGAACACGACGUUCGUGCAGGCCGACCCGACGACGUUCCGGGCACUCGUGCAGAAGCUGACGGGCGCGCCGGGGAGCGGCAAGACGGCGGGGGAGAGGAGGCACCAGGGUGCCGGAGUGGCGCAGGCGCCGCCGCAGCCGACGAGGAGGCCAAAGCUGCAGGAGAGGCGGCGCGCGGCGCCGGCGAGGCUGGAGCUCGCGCGGCCGCAGCCGCUGUACUACAGCCACCACCACCACCGGCUCAUGCACUCGCCGGUUUCGCCCAUGGAUUACGCCAUCGUCAUGGCCUCCUCGUCGUCCUGCUCCUCGCUGUCGUCAUCGACGUCCUCGUCUCUCUCGCCGUCGCCGCCGGCCUCGUCGUCGUCGUGCGGGGUGGUGAUCACCAAGGAGGAGGAGGAGCGGGAGGAGAAGGCCAUCGCCUCCAAGGGGUUCUACCUGCACUCGUCGCCGAGGACCGGCGCCGGCGACGGCGAGAGGCCGAAGCUGCUGCCGCUGUUCCCCGUCUACUCCCCCAGGAGCUCCUCCUUAGCCAGAUCUUAAUUAAUUAAUCACCCUUAAUUAUCUUGUUAAUCCUGGCGGUUGCCAUGCUUAAUUAAUCCUUUGUACCACCAAGCUAUCUGUAUUAUUAGAUGAUCAUCAAAUCCAUGCGGUGCAACAUCCAUUGCUGGUUAUGAUUAGGUUUUGAUCAGUUAAUUAACUACUCUAUAUAUCUCUACGUUAGUUUCAAUCGAAAAUAAUACUCCCAAUAUAGAGCAUAACUAGAUUUAUCUAUGAACAAAUUUAUAGU